CGACCGACUACAAAGAUAACUCGCAGAGAUCAAAGUAAACCGACUGUGCGGCUUCUUCCCCGAAACUAUUCAAGCCCGAACGUCCAAGGAUAGACAAUUCCAACGACUACCCAAAUGACGCGUUCUUUGGCGCAUCACUAGCUCGCCGUCGCCUCAAUCUUGAUGCGCCCGACAAUCUGAAACCCCGACGAUCGCGCAACAAUGGCGACCAUGGCCAUCAACGGGCAGCAGACGCAAAAGCGACGUCCGUCAUUUGACGACGACGACGACGAGGACAUGCCCAUGGCGAAAAGAGCGCGCACCGAUUCCUCCCCUCAUCCAGUCGACCAGUCUAUCCCAGACUUUCGCAAUCUUCUCCAAGCUCAAGAAAAUGAACACGCGCCGAGCAAGGACACAAAGACGACUGCUAUUGGCGACGGUCGCCUCCCCACCAUGGAGGAGCAGGCUCGUAGCGGACUACGUCGGAGCAUUGCGCUCGUGUUGAAGGAGGUUGGCUUUGAUAGCACGUCUGAGCCGGCCCUAGAGAGGCUGACGGAAAUGACAGAAGAAUACCUCACGGAGUUGACGCAAGAAGUCAGGCUAUUCGCUCUCGCCUCUCGGCGAACACAGCCCAUACCUACAGAUUAUGAAAUAAGCCUAAAACGCUUCAACCUGGGAACCUCGCUGCUCAGGCCACAUCUAAGGCACCCGAUAGCCAAGAAGAAGAAGCGACAUCUGCUGGAGCCGACAUUUGCGACGCCGGCUGCGGCUGCCACUGAUGGACCGUUGGACGGCCUGCCUCUUCUCGGCGAGGAGCUGAGCGGCAAGGCAGAGAAAGAAUCCAAGAGCUAUAUUCCAGCAUCUUUUCCAGACUUUCCUAGCAUCCAUACAUACAAGUCCACCCCGCAGGACGUCGACGAGGUCACGGUCAGAGGCACAGGGCUGAGGCUACCCAACGGCGAGCCCAUCAAGGACACGUUGGCGCCCGAAGAACCGUACGCGGGCGAGGCGCCGCCGAGGGCCGAUCCUAGGCGGAUGCGCGAGGCCUCUGCUCGGGAGUCCAAGUUGGCCGAGGAGGCGUUGCGGGGAGUGGUGCGGGCGAGCAAGAUCAACACGCUCAAGGAGGCGAGGUUGGCUGCUCAGCGGAGCAGGAUGAGCCGGAAUCGCUACGACUUUUGGGAGGAGAGCAUGCGCGACCUGGUGGAGGAUGCGUGCGGCAGCAGGAAGAAGAGUGGUGAUGAUGGUGGUGGUAAUGACGGUGACGGUGACGGUUUCACAUUUGCUGUUGCUGCUCCUGCUCGGGGAAGCACAGCUGCCAGGAGUGAGAUUGCAGAUCACAGCAUGAUUGUCAAUGCCCACAAGGUUGGACAUCGACAGGAAGUUUCGAGAGGAGGAAAGCGGGCUGCCAAAGAUACUGUGACCAAGUGAAGUCGCACCGAAUAUCUUUCCUCCAUGGGUCAACACUUCUCUUUGGUCCUUGACUACAAGAUCCUUCGAGUGGCUUCUCAGAACAUUUCAUCUUUCUUCAUACCCCUUCAGUUCUUGCAAUCAAGAAAUUCGGCUGGCUUGAUUUGCAGAGUUCUGCAUCAAGGUCACGGGCAACAUGGCAUUUGGCAAGGAGUUUUUGGCGCACGCUGUAUUAUUGGGCUUUGCAUAGUUUGUAUGGGUACCUAACUACUUUGGUGAAGGAACCUGCAAGCAAAUGGUGCAAGCAGGACUCCGCGGUUGAGCAUUAAACAAUGAUAUCCACUUCACUUCAC